AUGGCAAAAUUAGAGUUUAAAGCCACAGCCGCAAUUUUUCUGGUUUUAGAAUAUGAAAUCGGUGAAGGAAGUAAUCCUAGUUCUUUAAGAAAUGAUGAGCAGGUAGAUUUCUCUUCUAAGAAUGAGUCAUCUUUCAUGAACUUACUUGAUGAGUCAGAGGAAGUUGAAAUAUUUGAUGAUUCUUCUGAUGAAAAUGAUGAAUCGGCAUUGAAAAUUUAUUGUGGUCAAACUUUUCAGACAUGGAAUAAUGCUGAAGUGUUUUUAAAAAAUUAUAGAUUGGAGCAAGGUUUCAGCAUUCAGAAAAAAUGUACUGAAUCUUUUCUUGAGAAUGGUAUACAAAUAGUAUGCAAAAUCAGCUGGGAAUGUAGUUGCGCGGGUAAAUAUAAACCCAAAAAGACCUUAAAUCCAGAAGUUCAGCGUGAUCGUAAAUCCCAAUGCAAUGAAUGUGAAUGGCGGGAUAUGCUUGACAAAGAAGCUGAAUUUGCUUAUAUAGAAGAAUAUAAACAUCAAAUACUAACGGUUGGACUUGCAACUAUACCAAAGACCCUUUUUAAAUCUUUGGAUACUAUUGUGAGUAAAUAUCUUAUGGAUUCAAUAUCAGUACAUAUACACUUAGAUGAUAAUGUAAAUGACGAAGCACGUGAAGAUGAUUAUGAACUCGCGCAAAGUUUAUUAACUGAUAUUUUGGAGACAAUUGAAACUUCAGAUAUUCUUGAGAUUUGGCACAAUAAGAUUGGUGAUGACCAAGACAUUUUAAAGCAACAUAAUCCUAUUUCGCUAUGUGUGGAAUUACCUCUCAAUGGUUACAUUACUACUAAUUACACAUUCAAUCUUGAACAUAUAAUGAAAUUUUGGGGAGGUGACUUAUAUACACCGGCUCUUCAAAAUGUUAAUAAUGCUCGAUCAAGAUAUGGUUAUAUAUACGGAUUAAUGAAAAAAACCAUUGAUGUUGGCAUUAAUACCAAUUCAUAUGACGAACUAAUUGGAAUGUGCCAGCAAUUUCUUUCCAACAAGCAAUCAAAUAAUGAUGAUCAUGCUAAAGAGAUCCUGAUUACCAAUCCUAUGAUUUCUCCUCGAAAAGGAAGACCAUCUGGUAGAGCAAAAAGCUCAAUAGAACUUCAAGAAUUACAAACAAGAAAACAUCGGUGCUUGUCAAAUAAUGAUGAUAGCAUUCAAUUACCUGCUAAUAAUGAUAAUAAGAAUCUGCAAUCUAGUAAACCAAUUCAUGAUAAUAGAAGGCGAUGUCAAAGAUGCGGACAAAAAGGUCAUAAUCGGGCUAUCUGUAAAGCAGAAAAUGUGUAA